UGAUUGUAACGCGCCCAUAAAAACACUCACACGAUCAAAUUUCCCGGAAAAAAUAAGAAAAAAGAAGAAGAAAGAGAGAAGUAAUCUUCAUUUCAAUCAAAAUUUUCUCGUUUGCGAAAUCGCUGAAGAAAAAUCAAAGGGGAAAGAAUGGGAAGCAAUGCACCUACGAGCAAUGAUAGAACGAGAACAAAUUGGACACCAACAAUGGAAAGAUAUUUUAUUGAUCUUAUGUUAGAUCAAAUGCAUAGGGGUAAUAGAUUAGGUCAUACAUUUAACAAACAAGCUUGGACUGAUAUGUUGACCAUAUUCAAUGCAAAGUUUGGGUGUAAAUAUGAUAGGGAUACUUUGAAAAGUCAUUAUACCAAUUUGUGGAAGCAGUAUAAUGAUGUGAAAAACCUUCUCGAACAAAAUGGGUUCAGUUGGGAUGAUAUACGAAAAUUGAUUGUUGCCCCUCCGCAGGUCUGGGAUGCAUAUGUCAAGGGUCAACCAGAUGCACAGGUUUAUAGAAAUAGAACUUUGAUGAAUUUCAAUGACUUGUGCUUGAUAUAUGCAUAUACACAAGCAGAUGGAAGAUACAGCAGGUCAAGUCAUGAUAUUGACUUUGAUGAUGAUGCUCAAGGGGUGAAUUUUGGUGUUGGAACUACCAUUCCUCCAGCAAGUGAUGAGCGCCCGAAAAUAGAAUGCACACAGGCCAUGGACCAAUAUUUCAUUGAGCUUAUGCUGGGCCAUCUUAGAAACGGCAAUAAAAGCAAGAACACAUUCAACAAACAAGCAUGGAAUGAUAUGCUUGGUUCAUUUAAUGCCAAGUUUGGUUUUCUGUAUGGAAAAAGUUUUUUAAGGCGUAGAUAUAGGAAACUGUUGAAGCACUAUAGUGAUGUUCAGGGUCUACUUCUACAAAAAGGGUUUUCGUGGGAUGAAAAACAACAAAUGGUAGUUGCUGAUGAUCUUGUUUGGGAUAACUAUAACAAGGCACAUCCAGAUGCUCGUAUCUACAGAAACAAGAAGAUGCUGAACUACCAAGACUUGAGGUUGAUUUAUGGAAAUGCAAGCGACAAUGGAGUUUCAAGUCAUAUGUGCCAAGGAAGAAACACCGGGCCUAAAAUAUUACCAGUGUGGACUGGUGAACAAAACAAAGACCAUCUCUGUGAUAGACGUGAGAUGCUGAGUAUACAUUGGACACCUACAAUGAAUUGUUAUUUUAUUGACUUGUUGCUUAACCAAGCACUUGGUGGGAAUAAAAUUAAUCUCAUGUUCAUACCUGAGGCGUGGACUCAAAUGGUUGCAAUGUUCAAUGUAAAAUUUGGAUGUCAAUAUGAUGAAGAUGCUUUGAAGUCUCAAGCCAGACAUUUGAGGAGGCAAUAUAAUAACACAAAGAUACUACUUGAACAGAAUGGGUUCUCAUGGGAUGACACUCGAGAAAUGGUCAUUGCUGAGGAUUAUAUUUGGGAUGCUUACAUAAAGGCACAUCCCUACAUUCAAUCAUACAGAAACAAAUCAGUGCCUGACUAUCAUAAGCUAUGUGUUAUAUUUGGCCAAGAAAGUUCUAACGGAAGGUGUAGUAUGGCCAAAAGCGUGUAUCUUGAAAAUGAAGACCCAGAUUUGAUGAUUGGAGAGGACACCCAAUUCCAUGCUAGUAAUGGUUGUUCAAGGAUAGAUUGGACUCCCUCAAUGGAUCGGCAUCUUAUUGACCUUUUGUUAGAGCAAGUGCAUAGAGGCAAUAGGAUCAAUGGCGUUUUUAAUACUGAACUAUGGAUGGAUAUGGCUCUGUCAUUUAUGGAAACUUUUGGAUUACAACCUGAUGAGGAAUUUUUGAGGAAUCAUCAUGAUACUUUAGGGAAACAAUAUUAUAUUAUGAGGACUCUCCUUGAUCAGAGAGUGUUUUCUUGGGAUGAAGCACGUCAGAUGGUUAUAGCCCGUGAUGAUGUUUGGGAUACUUAUAUCAAGGAAUACCCAGAUAUAGAGUCAUUCAGAAACAUAUCUAAGCCAAAUUAUAACGAUUUGUGCUUGAUCUACGGAAAUUCAACUGAUGGGAAGGACUGGCGAUCAGGUCGAGAUGCUAGCUGCAAUGGUUAUGGAACCAAACUUAAAAAUGGCUACUGCGGGAGAACUGAUUGGAUACCAUCAAUGGAUCGAUAUUUCAUUGAUCUAAUGCUAGAGCAAGUUCGUCAAGGGAGUAUGGUUGAUCAAAAAUUUAACAAGCUAGCCUGGGGUGAUAUGGUUGCAAAAUUUAGUGCAGAAUUUGGGCAUCAGUGUGACAAAGAUGUCCUAAAAAGUCGUUUUAUGAACUUGAGGAAACGAUUCAAUGAUAUGAAAAAUCUACUUGACCAUGAUGGAUUUGCUUGGGAUGAUAUGCGACAGAUGAUAAUCGCUGAUGAUAAUCUCUGGGCUACCUAUUUAAAGGAGCACCCUGAUGCACUAUCAUACCGCAACAGAACUCUUCCUAGUUAUAAUGAUUUGUUCUUGAUAUAUGGAAAUGCAAGUAUAAAUGGGUGGCAUUUGGAGACACAAAAUUAUGCCGGUGAAGAGGAGGAUGAAUCCCCUACUAGUAGCAGUCCAACAAGGAUACAUGGUACCGGUAGCGUGGGUAUAAUAUCUCAUGAUAUGGGGUUAAAUGAUAUCUUCGCGGAUCUGCAAUCUGUGGCUGCAGAGUUUGAACUACCCGAUCAAAGGAAAAGGCGGAAAGCUGAUGCUUCAUCGAUAUCAGCAUCAAGAAAAGCCCGAAGACCCAAUCAAGAAAUACUACAUGCGUUUGAUGAGAGGCCGAUUAUGGUCAAAACCAGUUUUAACAAUGAAGACCAGUAUCAUAGCUCAAUUGAAAGCAUAGUUGAUGCUCUUCAAGCAAUCCCAGGCAUGGAUGAUGUGCUCUUCUUAGAUGCUAGCAAACUUCUUGAAGACGAGAAAAAUGCCCAGAAGUUCGUCGCAAUGGAUGUCAAUCAACGGAGGAGGUGGUUAUUAAGAAAGCUUCGCCAGUAGGAUCUGUUUAGCAUUUUUGGCAUGCAAAAUUUGUUUCACUUUCACCUCAACUGUAUAAUCCUCAUGUAAAUUAAUCCUUCUUAGGGCCCCAAUCAGUUCAUUGUUCAGCAGACAUCAUUCUACACAGAUGGAGAUUUGUAAAAGUUCUAUGUAAGUUUCUGAUGAGUGAUGUAGCAUCUGAUUUUAUUCAAUUCA